AUGUCCACCGUCGGCUACAUAGGCGCUUGGGCCUGUGCAGUAGGCGUCGUCGCGGCCAUAUUCAGCAUCGUCUACAUCGCCAAUGAUAUUACUGCACUACAGGAUGAAAUCCAAAGUGGUAUGGCCGAAUUCCGAGAUAUUGCCGACGACACCUGGGAUCGUUUACUCGUACUGCAGAGUCCUACCGGUGAAUCGAAGGCCCCAAUACUAGCAGCCCUGUUCCGGCCAAAGCGUUACGCAUAUCCUGACGUUUGCCAAUGUUCGGUCUCUUCUGUUGGCUGUCCUCCAGGACCACGUGGACCGCCUGGCCCCCCUGGACCUCGUGGAGAGGAGGGAGCGCCCGGAGAGGCCGGCAGACCUGGAGCAGCUGGAAUCACCCUUGUCGUCACGCAAGACAUUCCUGGAGGUUGCAUCAUCUGCCCACCUGGUCCACCUGGUCCUCCUGGACCAGACGGUUAUCCAGGCGAGCCCGGCUACCCAGGCGCUCCAGGUCCUGAAGGGCCAACUGGUCUGGAUGGUGAUUUCGGAAUGCCAGGGCCUGAAGGAAAUCCAGGAGUCCAAGGUCCUCCAGGUUUCGAUGGGGCCAACGGACCAGACGGCGUACCCGGAUUCGCUUACUUCCCAGGAGCACCUGGUCUGCCUGGAGACCCUGGAUGGGCCGGUGAACCAGGUCUGCCAGGAAACGCUGGUACUCCAGGCACGCCUGGAACACCAGGACUUCCUGGACAACCUGGAAUUCCUGGUAGUCCUGGUCACGAUGGUCAUCCUGGUCCACAAGGACCGAUGGGACGACCAGGCGAGCCUGGCGAAGAUGCGCACUAUUGUAACUGUCCACCACGCCGAGAGGUAAUAGAAGCCGUAGAAGACAAGGAAGACAAGGAAGACAGAGAAGACAAGGAAGACGUGGCAGUUGUGGAGACACAGCAGGAGUACAGUAAGAAACACCGACUCAUUUAG